UGUUGGAGAGACAACCGACUGUUCCCGUUGCCUCUGUAGCAGAGCAUGCUUGAAUGGCUUGAGGGUGUAGUUGCGUAUAAGAAGAAAUAAAAAAAACUGCCUUGUUGGAGAGACGACCGACUGUUCCCGCUCUUUCAUGUGUUUCAGGUAGCAGAGCAUGCUUGAAUGGCUUGAGGGUGUAGUUUCGUAUAAGAAGAAAUAAAAAAAAAACUGCUGUGUUGGAGAGACGACCGACUGUUCCCGCUCUUUCAUGUGUUUCAGGUCGAGAACAUUUGGCAGUGAGCAGUAAAAUUAUAACUGUAUUUCCCUAAGUCUAGUUUAGGCAGAGACAUGUGUCCUGGCCGGAUAGAAGCUGCUUAGCUGCAGGCCCGCACGGCAGGGGUACGGGCAGGCCGGGUCGAGGACAGUAAUGUUGAGGAGGACAUCUUAGACAACUGGACAUGGAGACGGCAUCCGAUGAUGCUCCGUAGGUUCCCUUUGGACAGGGGACUGGAGUGAUGCUCCCUUGUGGGCAGUAAAAACCUGAGAGAGAACUCUUUUUUUAUUAAUGCUGCAUCAGAUAGUAACCACAAAUGUAUAGUCUACAAAGAGGUAUCUCAUUAGCAAAAAACAAAAAAUAUUAUGACUUUUUUCCAAAUUUUAAUGACAGUGCAGUUAACGUAAAAACAUCCAUGCUAUGAGUAUUUACAGUAGUGUACACAGUGUAUUUUUCAUGUAUUUCACUGGGCACACCUAUGGUAUCCAAUACAAGAACAGUAUACACCACAUUACCAACACACAUAACACACCUGCCUGACAGGACGGCCUCUCCUGGCCGACAGUGUUCCCACAAAUAAGAUGGAGACAAGUAAACAUCCACCAAAAACACCUGAGUGUCUCCCAGCAUUCUCCCAUCAUGUUGAACAUGUGACGUAACCUUCCGCCACUUUCUUGAUUUGAACUGUCCUCUUAGUUGGAGCUGUGCACGAUCUGUUCAAAGGACGGUGGAAGGCAUAGCAUGUUGAAUAUUCAUUAGCAUGCUGAAUGAUUUAUGGCGCCUCUGAGGGAAAGCUUUUCCAAAGUGGGGGGUGACGGGUCUCGAUCAAGGAAACUUUGUCAACUGCAGCGUUGGCCUGUUAAAAAAAAAGUCAUUACACACAGAGGACGGGCCUGAGGAAUGCCACCUGCAACAUCGCCACAACCAGCUGCCAUUAGCCGCCCCUGCACAACCUGAAGCUCCAUUGUUCCAUUGAAGAAAGACAAACAUGCAUUUGGAAAAAGUGAUCUUCACCAUUUUCAAUCUUGCUAUUUUGGCAGUUUCAGCCUUCCCGCGCCAUCGUGACAGCAGGGAGGCCACCUGGACCGACUACAUGGCCAAUCAGGCUCAUCACAAGACCAAACUCACAAAGGAUGUGGAUAAGAUCUACAAGAGCCACAUCGACGACAGCGGCCUGUAUGACCGUGGUGAGGAUGACCACAACAAGAACCAGGUUUCGGAAGAGAUGCAGCUCAAAAUCAACAUGGAGGCAGAGCGCCUGCGAGCACGUCUGCGUCAGGAGCUGAGCGAGCUGAGGGAGAGGCUGGCUCUCUCCCCAGCCCAUCGCAGCUCCACCUUGGCCAGCGUGAGGGAUCGCUUGGCCCCCCUUGCCCAGCAGCUCCACAGCUCUCUGGGCAGCAGCACCAACAGUCUGUGCCUCCAGCUCGGUCUUUCCCUGCAGAGUCCCGAGGAUCCUGAAGCAUUCCAGUGGAUGACACAAACACUGGAGCAGGGCACCUCCGAGCUGGUUGACAUGCUGGAUGGCUUCACGGCUCAAACCACCCAAGCGAUGGAGCACCUCAGGGAGGUGAGUGAGGCAGCAAACAUGGGAAUCUUGACAGAAUUCAGCUCAAGGUUGGGACAGGAAGUGACCUCCCUGAAGACGGAGGUCCAGAAUGAACUGGAGACGCUAAAAGCAGAGCUCCUGAAGGCUGACGCCGCCGCUGCCGUUGAGCGAUUCUGCCAAAAUUCAGCACACCGACUUCACUUUCAGGCUCGGCUGGAGAGAUUAUUCACGGGAAUGGAGGAGGAGCUGGAGGUCCAGUCUGGUCCUACCUUCUCUGAAUCUGGUGGCUCCUUGCAAGAGGACUUCUCACUCAAAUUCUCUGCUCUCAUGCGGGACAUUCUGCACUCUGUGCAGUGACGCCCACAUCACUAUAAACUAUAAACUCACCAUCACGUCCAACAGUUGCAAGACAGUAACUGGCCAUGUACAUAGUUGUAAAGUAUUUUCUUUUUAUUGUAUGUGUGUAUUGGUAUGGAGCCUCAGCACCGCCAUUAAGUCUUGCCAUUGAAAGUACUGGUGCAACGCUAUUUUUUUUUUCAGGAGUUCAAUUCAGACAUUAGAGAUCGAUUAAAGGCACAGGCCUUAAUUUCAUUACUUUAGAAAUUGACAUCAAGGAGCUCCAUUGGAUGGAUGACAUAGAUACAAGUAUCUAAAUGACAUGUUUUUAAUGUCUUGUCGUAAUUAUUGUGUGAAUGCCCUCAGGGCAGCUCUCAUUACAAAAUCAAUUCAUUCAACUCAGUAAGGACAUUUGUGCUAUCAUGCACAGCACAUAGAUUCAAAAUUUUCUCUUAGAUCAAAGGCAUUCAGCAACUAGCAUAAACGUCAGCAUAAAAAUUCCCACUCUUCCAGACGUGGCCGUUUUCCAUCAUGCCUUUGAUCUAACUAGAUCAACUAGAUUGAAAAAUGGGGAAUUAGUUGCUGAAAGCCGCUGAAAGCCUUUGAUCAAACUAGAUCAAAAGCAUUCAGAAACUAAUUCCUCAUUUUUCAAAAGAUUCCAACCGUUCCAACAUCAACAUGGACACUAUCCUGGUAAUUUUUGCCCCCCCUCCCGCCUCCCCCCUCAUCAUGUUCAGACAUUCACACCCAAUCAUCGAGUUUGCCAAUGAAAUCGUCCUGACAUGUCGUCUUCUAUAAUGGCAAAACUUAAUGGCAGUGCUGGCAUGGAGUCUGUUCUCAGGAAAAUAUGCUAUGCUUCUUUUCUACAAUAAAAAUAAGUGUAAACGCUCUAAUUAGUUUAGGAAAGUCACUUUUUUUACUUUGAGCGUAGCUUGCUAUUUUAUUAUUUUAUAAUAUUUAAUGAAUUUAUAUUUCAUUGGCUCAAGCCAAAAAUCUGUAUGUGGAUCAAAAAGAUCCGAUCCGCUGUAAGGAAAAAGCCGAAAGAAACAAAGAAAUUAAUUAAAACUAACUCAACCUAACCCAGAAUAUUCCAUAUGAUGGAGUGUUAGGGCCACGCCAAAAAAAAGUCUGAUUUUGAGAAUAAAGUCUUAACGUAGUGACGUAACGUAGUUGUGUGUUAUGUAAUGUUACUCUUGCUUCAGGCAAGUUUUUAUUUAUAACGUGGCAGCAAAACAGCAGUUGAGCGCAAACCUCAGCGCAUGUCUAGACCUUCUCACUUCCGCCUUCCGCCUUCCUCCACAUACCCAAGGUCAAAGGUCACAGAGCUGUCUCUUAGGCAAUGCUAAUGUAACAUAAAACUAUGAGUUUUUUCUAAUAUCUCGAAAUCUCAGAUUAUUGUCGUAACAGGCAUUGCCUGAGACCGCUACGAAAGAGGGGGACUUAUAUUAUGACUUAUUUUAACUUUAUUUGACUUAAACUUUAUUCUCAAAAUGUCACAUUUUUCUUUUUCCAAUAUGGCCCAAAUACUCCGUUGUAAUUCCAAACUAUUUAGUCAAAUAAUAUUGUAUUCAUCAUCAACAUUUCUUGGAUUUUUGAUUCAUGUUUACAGUAAAUGAAUGUCUUUUUGUAUUCUUUAUCAUUCAAUGCUGUACAAUAUAUCAUGUAUAUCAUAUAUAAUAGUAUAUAUAUACUUCAAUAUUAGGCUUGAACUGAAAACCCGUCUGCUAACUGCUUUAGAAGCAUGACAAAAAUGUCAUUUUUUUUCAACGUUUUGUACUCUUUCCUGCUACAUUUCUGGAUACGCAAAGCAAAUAUGAAUAAAUGUGCGUAUGUAAA